CGGUCUCCAGGUUACAGGCAACUGUCAUCACCUGGGAGGGAGAGCUGCGAACUUACACAAGUAAUCAGUGCAAGGCCAAGGCCUGAACACUGGCAAAAAAGCUGCCAUUUCGCGUUGUAGCCAGCAUCACAGACAUGUCUUUGUUUGACAAGAUAUUUCAUGGAGGAGAAAAGGCGACAAAGAAACCAUGUGGACAAGAGGAGAUUGAGAACCUUCCUGAGAGAGAGGAGUUGUUGAUGAAGAAGAAAGACUUUCUGAAGAAAAAGAUUGACCAGGAGCUUCUGUUCGCCAAGAAAAACAGCAGAAAAAACAGACGAGUGGCUCUGCUGGCGCUGAGAAGAAAGAAGUGGUACGAGAAGCAUCUCAAGUACAUUGACUGUGCUUAUAAAGCCUUGAGGUCCGCUCAUGAACACAUAGACAUUGUCAACAAGGUGACAGAACUGAUCAAGGACAUUACAGAGGAGGAUGUGACUGAGGACAUGUCAGACACCCUCUACACAUCUGUGAGCUUUGGAGUGGAAUUUGAUGAGGAUGAGCUGCUGGCAGAGCUGAAGAGGCUGGAAAAGAAUCUGGAUGAGAGUCUCUUUGAGAAGGACAGAACAGAGGAGAUAAUGCCUUGUUCCAAAGUGACGUCCACUGCAUCACCUUCCCGUCCUGCCAAGACGGAAGAAGACGAGGUUGAAGAUGAUUUAGAGUAUCUGCGUCGCUGGGCGGAUGAACCCUCAUAAACACACCAUCAGCCACACACUGUCAUUAAAAAGACAAGAGGAAGGUGCAGGAUGGAAUAAAUAAGCAGAAAUGA